CUGUCAGUGCGCAGAGUCCGCUCCGCACAGGCGCAGAGCGCAGCUCGGCACCGGAGAAGCCCAAACGCAGGGAAAGCUAAAAAGAAUACACCCAAACACGGCGAUCUCCCCAACGGAGACCCGAUCGAGAAACGGGCUUCUUCUCACCCACGUGGGAAGAAGGAAAACUCCCCGGAGAUGCUGCAGGAGAAGGCUUCAGCUGGAGCGGAUGAACAUAUGAGCCGGGCCCAGACAGACGGAGAGACGGAUCUCCUUCCAGACCAGUCCCAGCUCGGCCUCUCCCAAAGUCCCACUGUAUCCGGCUCCAGUGGGCCUGAGCAGAACAUUGAGAACAUUAAAGUUGUUCUUCAUGAGAGGGAGCUGUGGAAGAGGUUCCAUGAAGCCGGCACAGAGAUGAUCAUCACCAAAGCAGGGAGGAGGAUGUUUCCAAGCUACAAGGUGAAGGUGACCGGGAUGAACCCCAAGACCAAAUACAUCCUUCUAAUUGACAUCGUCCCAGCUGAUGACCACCGCUACAAAUUCUGCGAUAACAAGUGGAUGGUGGCCGGUAAAGCUGAGCCAGCUAUGCCAGGUCGACUCUACGUACAUCCGGAUUCCCCUGCUGCCGGAGCUCAUUGGAUGAGGCAACUGAUAUCGUUUCAGAAGCUGAAACUCACAAACAAUCACCUGGACCCAUUUGGGCAUAUCAUUCUCAACUCCAUGCACAAGUACCAGCCCAGGCUUCACAUUGUUAAAGCCGACGAAAACAACGCCUUUGGAUCCAAGAAUACUGCCUACUGUACUCAUGUCUUUCAUGAAACCGCCUUCAUUUCAGUAACCUCCUAUCAAAACCAUAAGAUAACUCAACUGAAGAUUGAAAACAAUCCCUUUGCCAAAGGAUUCCGCGGCAGUGAAGAAGGAGACCUGCGUGUUUCAAGACUACAGGGGAAAGAAUAUCCAGUCAUAUCAAAGAGCAUGGUUCGCCAGAGGAUCAUUUCCUCACACAGUCACCUUGCGGGGAAACUUCGAGCCGGGGUGUUCACGGGACACCCGCAAGUCCUUUCCUCCUACCAGUACGAGACUGGGGUUCCCUUGUCGAACUCAGAAUCCCAGGAUUCCGUGUCGAACAGCUUCCCUCAGAGCAGAGAUCCCAGCCUCAUGUAUCACUGCUUCAAACACAGAGAUAACACCAGACACUUGGAGCUUGGAUGUAAGCGACCGUAUCUGGACUCGUCAUCCGUGGUGUCCGAGGAACAUUACUUUCAUUCACCCGCGUCAUACGAGUCGCCCCUUCUGUCUCAUCCAUAUUGCACCGAGGCCUCCAGAGAAGCUUGCAUGUACAGUAGCAUAGAGGCAGAGUCUGGAGCAGGGGCGGUGGACGCGGACGACUUGACAAACUCUCCUUCGGUCAACUGCAACAUGUGGGCGACGGUGCAGCCCUUCACCCGUUACAGCGUCGACGGCGUUCCCUACCAGCCCUUCGCCGCCCAUUUCACCAGCUCUGCCCCCGUCACCCCCAUGGUGUCGCACGCGGCAUCGUCGAUCGUGUCCCGGCCUCAGGCCGACCUGGGUGUCUACAAUUCAGCGACGGUACAGAGGGGUCUGCCCGUCAUACCAAUGUCGCCCUCCUCCUCAUCCGGCUCCUCGGCCGUUCCUAUCUCCAGACAUAGGUUAGAUCAUCCAUCACUGUACAACAAGAGGCCGGGGUCACCGCUUCGGCCCGAGAGACAUUUCUCCGCCUAUUCCACACCAGGCGCUAUAUCCAUCAGAGAUACGUCCUAUCAGUACCAAGUGGGGCUGGGAAGCACAGGGAGUCACUGGACUGACAGCUAAUUGGGGUGAAGACAUUUUUUUUUUCUUUUUGACAAAUGUGCAUUUUUCAAAUUAUUCAAAGUUUUCGAAAAUUCCAAGGGCUGUAAACGCGAAUCAGUGCUGAUGAACCACGGCCACUGCCAGAAUGCAUCCCAAAUACAUCCACUGCCGUAAAGUCUGAUCGAGUUACUGAUCCACGGAACGUGUGUGGUGAAAAAAGUCGAUGACUACAUCGCUCAUUGUAGCAUUGAGCAGCAAGUGAAGAAUGUCCGAAUGAUCGGCAAGUUGGCACACACAAGAGCAGCUGCACUUUGAUUGGUUAACCUGAAGUAAAAGCAGGAGGAAAAAAGGAGAGGCGACGAUAGAAAAAUGUUACAGCACUUAAAAAAACAUUCAAUAAGUCUCGAAUGGUAAAGCUUAUGUCAGUAUUCCAUUCAUCAGUUUCAACACUGAGCGAGUUCAAAGAAAGAAACCGAGUAUUUUAUUAUUUUUCUUAUUGACGAUGAAUUGCCUUAACGGGGAAAAAGCACACCAGUUAUUUCCACGUGUCCCUCUGAAUGGCCCCUUUAAUGCCACGAUGUGUCUUGUCUGGCAGAUAAGCUCUGUGCCAACUGUUGCAAAUUAUUAUAGCAGCCCAGUCUUGUAAUGAACUUUUAACAAGUGUACUUGUCCACAUACUCAAAAUGCUGUAGCGUUACAAUAAAGGUGCAAAAAUUGUGAUGAUUACAUGUUUUAUUGGUUUUUGCUUUCUGUAGGGUAGGGUCUAGCAAAAUUAGCCUAUGUUUUAUCUAAGCUCAACUGACAUGUCCAAAAGUAAAAUGUUGCAAAAGAGUUUUGAUGAAUGUAACUCAAACCUGCUUCCACUACUCCAUCCUUUCUCUCCAAGGGGUUCUGAAACUGCAAUAGCCAUGCAUUUGUGACAGUUAAGCGUAGUGGAAAAGAAAGUAUGUUCAAAUGUGCAAUGGAAGAAACAAACAUUCCCUGUGUUCUACACUUACUUUAAGCAAGAUCUGUUACAACUGACGGACCAAAGUGAACACUUUGGGUUCCGGCAGCAGGAUGGUGCGUACAGUAUUUACAAAAAAAAAGACUGAUAAGAAUACAUAAUACAGAUACAUAUGUAUUGUGUUUACAAAUGGUGUCAUUGGGUGGUGAAAACGAUUAGAAACCUAUUGUUUUAAUGGACCUUAUUAAAGCAUUUGUUGA